CGGUCUGGCGGCUGAGGAAACUGUAAACGCUAUGCUGGGGACGCGGCGCGGAGCUUGAUUCACCUUCACCUGCGCCGGGCACCAGCUGACCCCGGGCUUCCGCCCGGAGAGCAAUCAGCCAUGAACGGACGUGUGGAUUAUUUAGUCACGGAGGAAGAGAUCAACCUGACCAGAGGACCCUCGGGGCUGGGCUUCAACAUCGUCGGUGGGACAGAUCAACAGUAUGUCUCCAACGACAGUGGCAUCUACGUCAGCCGCAUCAAAGAGGAUGGGGCUGCGGCCCGGGAUGGGCGGCUCCAGGAGGGUGAUAAGAUCCUCUCGGUAAAUGGCCAAGACCUAAAGAACCUGCUACACCAGGAUGCUGUAGACCUUUUUCGUAAUGCGGGAUAUGCUGUGUCCCUGAGAGUACAGCAUAGGUUACCGGUGCAGAAUGGACCUAUAGUACAUCGAGGUGAAGGAGAACCAAGUGGUAUUCCUGUAGCUGUGGUGCUGCUACCAGUGUUUGCCCUCACCAUGGUUGCAGUUUGGGCCUUCGUGAGAUACCGAAAACAGCUUUGAAAUACUUGCUGUCUUCCAGUGUGUCCAAUGAACUAUUUCUCUUACUUGCCUUCCCUACCAUUCUCCCAUAUCCUUUCUUCUCUAGCCAACACAUGAUUUAAAGUGACUGAUUACCACCCAAAACCUUGCUGUUCAAACUUGCCAAGACUUCCAAUUCUAGUGGGAGAGAAAAGGUUUUAUUUGAAGAAAAACUGGGGGUGGGAGGGGAAAGCCUUGCUAAGAAUGAAUGAAAAGUUACAUAUUUUACUAGAACUGCCAAUAAAAAUUCAGCUAUCACCCAAAGAGGAAAAGCUCAGUCUUCCUGUUACCAUGGAUGACACCUUUUUCUUAGCUGGCAUGCUUUGAAGGUUAGCUGUGCUACAUGAAAAGAGGAGCUGAUUUUUCUUUUUUUCUUUUUCUUUUAAUGCUUUUUCUGGGAAAAUGUUUGUGAUCUUUAAUUUGUAACUCUAUACCUAGAUGCCUAUAUUGGACACAGGUGAAUGAAGUUUUUUUUAUUUUUUUAACAUUCUUCCAAAAGAAAACACAUAGAGUAAUAGACAUAUACAUAUAUGAUAGCAUAACAUUGAUGCCUUAUAAGCGGUUAGAAAACCAUACUGGUUCCUGAGUUUCUAAUGGACAAUUUCUUGGGGACUAGAGGAUUAUCAUAUUCCUUCAUAUAUAAUCAAGACUCAUAUUGAACAAUGAGUUCUGGAUUGUAAAGAGAACUUACUUUUACACUUAUCUGUCUUUGUCUACAAAUUAAAAACAUACACAGUGCUAAGGGAUAAUUAUAACUGAAGAACUUGAACAGCUUUUUGCAGAACAUGUAUAAUGGGGAUGGGAAAAUUAUCUUUAAAAGAGAAUAUUCAAUCAGUGGCAUUAGGAAAAUAAUAACUGAAGCAGUUAAUUGAAAACUGUAGAAGAAACAAGUGUUACACCGUAGGUAUGGUGAUGUAAAUUGUAAUAAAACAGCUCUGCUCAAGUCAAUCUGUUCAAGAGACUUUGAGGUAUAAAGAUAAGUCCCAAGCAAUCUCUGACCUAUUCUAGUUGGUGUUCUACAGUGCUGUUGAAGGAUCAGCUGGAAUAGAUAUGGGCAGCAGUAGGGCCAAAUGAACCAGAAGAGCCCAAAGUUGUCUUGAUAUACAACUGAAAAAAAGAUAAUGCCUCAAGAUAGCAAUUGAACCCUCAAGGUUACUUAACAGUUUUCAGUUUCUAGUAUCAGGCAAAACCUUAGGGAAGAACUGCCUUCCCCAUAGGAUAGACCUGAAAUCUUGCUUCUGAUUGAGUUAAGAAAAGAAGGCUUGAAUUGUUUUUAUUUAUUGUUCCCCCCAAAGCCCUAAAACACUAGUUUUGAUUUUAAUAAGUUAAUGGACCAUUUUUCAGAGAAGUGGAAGGAAUAAGUUUUGUUUGUUUGGCAGAGGGGGCAAGGAUAUUUGGUGAGUGUUCCUGAGGAAAGUCAGAGAAUGGAAUAGGAAUGAAUGGUGCCAGAGAAUAGCAGGGGUAUUGGUUAGGAGGAACCAUCCUGUUCAUGGGGUAUCUAAAUUGGUUUUAGAGUGCCAAGAAUAGUUGAACCAUGCCUAAUUUAUAAUGAAAUAAUUUCCAUUUUCUAAAUAUAUUGGUCAGACGGUUGUUUUGGCACAGAAUAUGAGUUUUUCUGGCAAUCUAGCAACUACUUAACAAGUAUUGGUUGUGUAUUAGCUUUGUCAAGACGCCUGUACAAAAAAGGGAAAUGAACUUUCUUUUCACUGCAUCUGAAGGCAUUGUGGUUACAGCUAGGAAGAGAACAGUGUAAGUUGUUUAUAUUGUAGACAGCAGAGGAGAAUAGCUCCUGAGAAUUGGAGCGUUCCAUGGAGGAAGGGACAGGUUAAGGAUCUUUAGAUGCUAACCAUGUAGUAAGAGCGUUCAUAAAUAGUUGAAAAGAGUCUAUCAGUUUGAAUAUUAAAUGAAACCAGUAUGAAAAGAAAUGUUAUGGAAACUGUGACAACAAAGAUGGUCAACAGGUGUUUUAAGGAAUUCAGAAAAGGAAAGCUGUGGUGCAGUGGUGUCAGAGGAGAAUAGAAAGGAAAGUCUUCAAAGUCUGAUGAGACUUUGCCUCUGGGCAAACUGUUGAUACAGGGAGAGAUUGGCUUUAAACAGUCUUCACAGAGCUAAGCCAUUCAGGACUUUUGAAACUGAUUUAGUAGCAGGAGUUACUGGAAGUCCCACUGAAGACACAAAACCAUGCUGUAGUUCUUGUCACAAGCAGCACCACUGUGGAGGACCAAUGUCUGGUGUCCUCAUAUUUGGUGGCAUGUGUAACAGCUCUUACAUGGGCUUACUUACCUCUAGUGUUCACCUCAGGGUUUUAAAUUGAUUAUUGAAAGACUCACACAUACAAAGUGAAACAGAUGGCAAGGAAGAUAGAAAACUGUUGUGUUUUGAUAACAUGUAAAUAAAACCAUCAUUGGUAGGAGUGUUACUGUGGUUAUAGGGAUUCUGAUACACUUGCGUCUCACUGGGAAAUAAACAGCACUUGACCAAAAAAAACAUUUAAGAUUUAGGCAAAUAUUUUAGUAUUUCACUUUUUGUUGUAUGAAAACUAAAAUUAGCAUAGAUGGGAUGUAAAUCCAUUAUAGAGUAUAAACAAUUUAUGUUCCUCUAGACUGACUCUUAGUAUUCUUACCACCUCAUAGACUAUAUUUGAUGCUCCUGCCACUUAAAUUAUAAUGUUUAAAGUUUUGAAAACUGAUUAUAGGUAUACUUAAAGUAUUUCUUGUAUUUAUCAUUGUACUUUAUUUGUAAUUCUAAUAGAUAUUGUUUGCUUCAGUUGUUCCUGUUUCCUUUUCUUGCAGUUUACUUGUGAGUAGAUUCAUGUAAUUAAUUGUACUUUCUAGCCACAGGCAACAGAUAAAAAUAGUAUUUGUAAUUACAGUCUAUGCCAAGGACUACACUAAAUUGAAUGGUGACACUAUGUAUUAACUUGAGAUGCACAUCUUGCUAUAAAGAGACUAAGAAUGAGAGAAUAAAUUAUUUUCCUAAGAUCAUACAGGUGGUUAUAGAAUUACAAUUUAAACUCGGGACUUUGGAUGACAAUAUCAGUAAAUAUUUCUUUGCUAACAGUUCUCAAAGCAAGGUCUCUGAACAAAAGCCUCAGUAUUCCCUGCAGAUUCUUGGGCAUCAUCCCAUACUUAUGGCGUGAGAUGAGCAUGGCAACCAGAACUCUGUCCUUCUGAGUAACUGACUAAUGCUGAAACUUGAGAGUCACCACUCUCAGGAGCUGUUUUCUGGAUAGAAUCACUUGGGCAGCUGGCCAGCCCACAUUAAAUAAGGACCUCUGGAACUAGGACUUGUAUAACAACAAAAUGUUUCAUCAGGUGGCUAAAAUGUGCAGCUUCUAUUGGAAAUGUUCCAUGGUAUUUAAAUUAUCAGAUCACGUGCCGACGAGGCUCUAGCCAGAAUCAACAACUUGCCUAAGUUCAGAGCCCAACUCUGAGUAGUGGAGUAAGAAGUGUACACUGUUUACUCCUGUGUGCUCAGACAGACCUAUCAACCUCUCGUACAUUUGUGCAGCCAAUCAGAACCAAAUCAUAGGAGAGUCAAUCUAAAAGACUCUUGAAUAAAAUUUGUAUUGGAAGCGAGAAAAGUUGAUUUUUGGUCUCCACUACAAGGAUACAUAAAAGACUUUAUUUUAAAAAGUCAUUUUGCUUCUGACUUUUCUCAUUGAACUUUCAAUAAAGACCAGAAGAAUUAAUAGACAGCUAAAGAGAAUUGAAGACAUCAAAAUUGGAAUGCGAGAAAACCAAUCACGUGUUGUCUUAAUUUCAGUAGUUUAAAAUCAGAUAUAGGCUGUUGGUGGUACUUUUGUUUUUAUUGUGCAACUAAACAAUUAAAAUAUAUUUAGAGGCCAA